AUGGUGCAACAAGGGGAGGAGAAAGACAGAGCCACAGAGGAUUUGGUCUUUGAGUACACCCUGAACAGGAAUAGUCUGUCUGCAUCUGGCUACCAUCUCUGUAUUCGCAAUGAGACAAGGAUGGUGAGUCUCCUGGUGAUGCAUAAGGUCCCCUACACUGUGACAAAGCCUUGUGGCGACUGGCUCCUCUGGAAGACAUGUACAGUCACGCAUUACAGGAUGAUCCCUGAGACUGAGUACAGGAGCGUGACGGAGCAGGUUACCAAGUGCUGCGAUGGCUACGUACCAGUCGGUCGUUACUGUGCCCUGCCUGUAAACAGGAGUGGGGAUUUCAUUGCCAAACCAGGAUCCUGUCCAACUGCAGAUGGAUUGCAUCCCGGUUCUGAGGACUGUGAGUGGGACAUAGACUGCCCAGGCUGUCAAAAAUGCUGCCAGGGAAUGGGUCGCUCUCUCUGCAGUCACCCUGCAAGCUCAGCAAAUUUUUCUGAGAAUGGAGGAUACCGUUUGAAUGCAACGGUAACAGUGAAGACAGAUUACGAGCAUCUGAUGUCUAAGGACAAGGGACUUCGGAAUCACACGCGAUUAAUACAAGCUAUGGUGACUGGAGCUUUGCAGUCUGAUGACAUUUCAGUCUAUUACCUCAGCUCAUGGCCUGUGCAUCCAUACAGAACAGCCACCUCGCUGCUGAUUGACUGCAACUUCACUCUUUCGCUGUACAAUGUCACAUCAAAGCUGCAUCUUCUUCUCAAACACAUACAGGAAGUGUCAGCUGUAACUGUGGAAGAUGUUGAUGAGUGUGCAGAGUCUGUUCUCCGUCGGUGCUCUCUUCAGGCAGACUGUAACAACACAGUGGGCUCCUACCACUGUACCUGCCGCCAAGGAUAUAUUGAUGUUGAUCCUAGCAACCCUGGAGCCCAUUGUACAGCUGACGUCCGAGUGUGGAACACCACAGAGUCUUCCCUGACCUACCCUCCACCCAUAAAUGCAACCUACACCCCAGCUACCAACAUCACACAGGUCCCUCCAGGCAACAGCACCACUGGGAUCUUCAACUCCUCUGAGAUCAGCAUGACUACAGCUCUGAGUAAUACAACCUCUGUCCUUUAUAAUUCAUCACACGCUCCACUGUGGGCCAGUUCUACACCUAAUACCAGCCUGAGCUCAACAAUGGAGUUUCCUCUGCCGACAUCCACGUGCUCUCCUCCCAACAUCACCACCUUAACAUCGUCUAACAUCACUGGAACCUCCUUCUGUGUGUACUGGUCGAGCCAGUUUCAGACAAACCAGACCUAUCGGGUUGUUGUAAGCAAGGGAUCAGAGGUUAUUCACCUUUGGGAAACUAGCCAGACCAUGAUGGAAGUACGGGGACUGCUGCCUGGGGUGCUCUACAAUGUUACUGUCACACCUUGUGCCUGUGGAAGCCAAGGAGUUGGCCUUCGCAUUUCGGUCAAGACUGCUGCUCAGAUUCUUGAAGCCACUGCUCGACUUACCAACAUCCAGUUCACUGCAGACCUUCAGAACAAAAGCAGCCAGGCCUACAAAAACCUCACUGCGAGUAUUAUAGAGGAGAUCUACCAGUCUCUGUCUCCAGAGAUGAAGGCCAUGGUGGAUUCAGGCCAGGUGAGAAUCGAGAUCAGCAACUUUUCACCAGGCAGCGUGGUGGUCAACUUCACCCUCAUCUUCACCCCCACUGAGAGUCAAGAAAUCACUGAUGUGUCCAUAGCUCUGCUAAAUUCCCUGAUGAACAACUCCAAAUACACUGUGGACAGAAACACCACAAGCAUCAAUGAUUUCAAUGAAUGUGUGUCAGGGGAAAAUGACUGUUCCCAGUGGGCAACAUGUACAAACACCUGGGCCUCUUACACAUGUGUUUGCCUGGAUGGAUUUAUAGACAACAACCCAGAAAGACCUGGAAGAGACUGUCAAGCAGUUGGUACCUUGGAGACCAUGACACCAUCACAUACAAUACUAUCUACACUUAGCACUGCCCCAUUCUCUCUAAUGACCUCUACAGUAGCAACUGCUGCAACUAUGGAAGUCCCACUUGUAACCACUGCUCAAGCUACUACUGCAACCACCACUACAACAACCACUGCUGCCCCAACAACCACAACUACUGCCCCAACAACUACCACUACUGCCACAACUACCACUACUGCCCCAACAACCACAACUACUGCCCCAACAACUACCACUACUGCCCCAACAACCACAACUACUGCCCCAACAACUACCACUACUGCCCCAACAACCACAACUACUGCCCCAACAACUACCACUACUGACCCAACAACCACAACUACUGCCCCAACAACUACCACUACUGUCCCAACAACUACCACUACUGCCCCAACAACCACAACUACUGCCCCAACAACUACCACUACUGACCCAACAACCACCACUACUGCCACAACAACUACCACUACUGACCCUACAACAACCACGACUGCAAUGCCUUCUACCCCUACAACUACCGCUACCAACCCUUCUACCACAACCAAUGCUACUGCCCUGAGAACUGCCACCAAUGUCUCUAUGUCAGGGGCCAUCUCAGUCCAGUGCAGGGUUGCUGCCAUCACUGUGAUAGUUGCCAGGGAUUUUCUUCAGAACACCAAAAUCCAUGAAAAUGCCCUGUACUUGGGCUUGCUGGGAUGUGGCGUCAAUGGAGGCAACGCCAGCCAUGCCGAGCUGACCGUGGCCUGGAAUGAGUGUGGCACUCAGCUUGUGCAUAAUGACACCUACUACACGGCAUCUGUUACCCUGUUCAACACCAUGGAUUCAUACACCUCACCCAGUGGAACAGUGGAGGUGCCCAGAAUACGGCUGGAGGUUCCCAUCAUGUGCACCUACAUGAAGAGCAUGCUUAUCUCUGCUGACUUCGGCUCCAUGGGGUAUAACAUGAUCAAAGACAUCAUCAUGGGCUUGGGGUCAUUCCAGGUGACGGUGCAGCUGAUGAAUGGGACAGUGCCUCUACCCUACAACUACAGUUUGUCUUCCGAGGAGGUGGUGGUGGUGGAGGUCAGCCUGAACACCUCCUCAGAACAGAUUAAAGUAAUCAUCAACAAGUGCUGGGCCACUCCUACCCCGAAUCCUGCGGAUACCUACAGCUACACCUUCCUGGAGAACAGCUGUUCCCUGAACACAUACACCCGAGUUCUGAUGAAUGGGAUCUCCAACACAUCUCGCCUGUCUGUGCAGAUAUUCUCCAUCGUCAACCUGGAUGUGAUCUAUCUGCACUGCCAGGUCCACAUCUGUGUGCAGAUUGGAUCAGAUACCUGCGUCCCUGACUGUCUGCAAAGAACAUCUCGAUCUUCAAACACAAUCGGCACAGCUUUCGGCACUUCUGGGCCUCUACUCAGAUCAGAAGAAGUGUCCUUGGAGCAGGAAUACAACACUCUCCAUAUAGUCGGCCUCUCCUGCCUUGGAAUUGGUCUGUCGCUCUUCUUUAUCGUGGGGUUUGUCUGCCUCUUCUACUACCAAAGGAACCGCAUUGGACACUACAACUUCAGCCCCAAACCAAAGCAGGAAAACUUCAGCUACCUUGUCUUCAACACCUAGGGCUGCAGCAGCACCCACAGCCAAAGUCACAGCAGAUAGCUUUUUACAGCACAUAAACUCAGCAUGCUAUUACAGUACUUUUGCCGCUAGGUGUCACUGUUGAACCAUUCACACAUUAGUUCUUACCAAAUACUGCAAAUCUUUGCACAUGAAAUAAUCAGUGAACUACAGAUUAUGUUUACAUUUCAGCAGCCUCCUCCAUAUAUAUUUAAGACAUUAAAAUGAUAAAUUAGCUGCGCAGUGAAAUGUCAAAUAUAGAGACCACAAAUAUUUUAGGAAUAUUAGAAAAUUAAAUAACCUAAUAUCAAUGUUUUCAUCUCAAAUGUUUUGAGGCACAUUUUGAUUUAGAUGUUGACGAAACAUUUCACAAUAAAAUCAAGAGCUGUGAUGGUGGAGAGGGAAUUUCACAAACUAGAAAUUUGCAGGAACAGAGAAUGUUUCACUAAAAUUGUAACGUGAUGAGUUUGCACUAGUUUGUAUUGCACAUCUAUGUAUAAUGACCAUGUUCAUGUAGUCCUUUAUCCUUAUAUAUCCCAUUUACAAUAAAGUUUAUGCACAGUUGCACAGUUAUGCACAUUUUCUUUUUACUGCCAUUUUCCACAUUUACAUGUUUAGUGCACUAUU